GAAGAUUGCAGAAGCUGCUACGUACGUCAAUGUCAAAUCAUAUUUUAUCUCUUUGAAUUUCUAUGUAACUAUUUUUCAAAAAGGCAUUCCUUGUUUUCUGGUUACCUGCCAGAUAAUGACAAAAUCCAACGUAUGAAAAAAAACCUAUAACUACGUACCUUCCCCAUAUCAUGACAAACAUUCUUUUAGUUUUAAUUUUGAUUUUAAUAUAUUGCUUCCUCCAAUCUCUACCCCCCAUUAAGUGGACAAUACAAAAAUUUUGCACAUAGACAACAUAAAUUAGACAAUAAAUUUUAAUGAAUAUAUUGUCAAUUAUAUGGACAACUAUUGAUGUUGUCUCGGAUCAUGUAAUAACUUUUCAUAGUAUAAGAACUAGGAAUCUUGCAACAUACCAUUAAGCUUUGUAUAAUUUAAGGUUACUUAUCAUUAAAAAAACAUUAUAUAUUGUAAUACAUGAAGUGUUGUUUCUACGUUUCACACGGUGGAUGGUUUGUAUAAGAUCUCAAUUCUAAUCGAGUAAUCGAUGUUACAAGAUCACGAUACGCGCGAUCAAAUUGUUGUUGGCCGAGAGCCGAUCGAAGGUCUUGAGGUCGAGUCGACGAUGACGUGACUUUUAAAUUAGUGUUAACCUAAUAAAUAAAAAAAUUGUACCCGGGCUAAUAAUAGGGUUUGGAACAGCUAUCCAGAAUUCCUUUAAUAAUAAUAUAUUUAUGUACAGUAAUUAAUAUACACAUGAUCUCUGCUGGUUUCCGCUAUAAAUACAAGUGUUUUGUGAUUGUGAUGAAAUAUAGGAAGGAGAUGAAAAUUUAGGUAGAAAAGCAGUAUAUGAUGAUGAUGAUGAAGAUGAAGAUGAAGAUGAAGAUGAGAAGAGAUCCUCUUGAAAUUGGUAAAGUGAUUGGAGAAGUAGUUGAUAGCUUCUCUCCCACUGCGAAGAUGUCUGUCAUCUACAACUCCAAAACCCAUGUCUAUAAUGGCCACCAUCUCCUUCCUUCCUCUUUAAUCUCCAAACCUAAGGUUCUACUUCAUGCUGCUGGAGAUUUCACUACUUUUUUCACCUUGAUCAUGACAGACCCUGAUGUUCCUGGUCCUAGUGAUCCAUACCUGAGGGAGCACUUACACUGGAUAGUCACAAAUAUCCCAGGCACCACGGACUCCUCAUUUGGGAGAGAAGUGGUGAGCUACGAAAUGCCAAGGCCAAACAUAGGCAUACAUCGGUUGGUAUUUAUUCUGUACAAGCAGAAGAAGAGGCUGCAGUCUGUAAGCGUGCCUCUUUGCAGAGAUGGAUUCUGCAGCAGAAAAUUUGCCGACGAACACGAAUUAGGGCAACCCGUCGCAGCCCUCUUCUUCAACUGCCAACGCGAGACGGCUGCCAAAACACGCUCCUACCUAAUUAAUUAAUCUACGUACUACUCGUGUCUCUCGCUACUUCUUGAUACGAGAAUAAACUAUAUGACAAUUAUUUUUGUUGUUGUUGUUGUUGUUAGCUAGUAUUAUUUGAUGUUUUAGUGUGUGUCACUAGUAGUUUGUGAUAUUUGAUAUAAAUUGUUAAUCAGGCUUAGGUUUUUGUGUUGUAUGUGUGGUUGGAAUAUAUUUGAAUCUAC